UUUAAUUUUGCUAUUUGUUUGAUUUAAAGUCACGUCACAAUUUCAAUGCAAGUGCUGUAACUAGUUGUCUUCCGUAUUCGCGUGCAUUUUCUUUUUACGUUUUCUGCUUAAAUUUAAGUGUGUUGUGCGGCGCUUUUCAUUUCAACAAGCGGCAGACGAAAACGCUGAUGAGUCGUUGGAGCGGAGGGGGGCACGGUGGGUGGUGGGCGGCGUAGGCGAACCAGCUGCAGCCUGUAGCAACAUUUUCACUUUCGUUUUUGCCGCAGACGCCACUAAAAUGAAAAUUACGUGCACUACAAUGUGGCACAACACACACACACACACACACACACGCACACACACAGUCAACGCCAGGCGGCUUUACCGUUAGACAGCUCAAUGGGCAGCUCAAGAGCGUCAGACCGACUGCGAAGCAGCGCACAGUUAUUGGCGUAUGUUUUGGCCGAUUCUCUUUGUGGCAACUACAUGUUGCAAUGUCUGAGGAAAUGUUGGCAAUUGAAUAAGCAGCCAAUGCGACAACACAGCGAGGAACUCAUUCCAACAUACUGUGACCGCAUCAGAAUGUCGUUGUCCACGGCGUUGAUACCGCAGCAGCGACAGCCAUGCAAUCGGAAGAGUGCCCAGAUCUUUGCCAGAAUCUUCGAGCAGCGCUAUGGUAACUGGAGUUAUAUGAAAAGCCGCAGCAUUUGCCGCACCGCGUCCGUUGUCGAGCAGCAGGCUAGCGGCCUAGUGAGAUGUGUCAACCAGGUGGGCAACCCAUUGCAGACGCAGCGAAGUGCCAGCCUUUUGGCGCUUCAACGACAACAAUUGCUGGGCUUGCACAGGGAGGAUUAUCGCAUCUAUCCGCAAAGCGUCGACUUGGAUGCGUUCUUUGGAGAGGAGCAAAAGUGUGAGAAGGUAUCGGAUGUUUGCCUGCUCAACGAUCACUUUAUGCUGGUCAAGAUGCCACAGGAGCAGCAGGCCAAGGUGUUCCAGCCAGCGCCCGUUGAGCUGCAGCACAAACUGGGCUCCCGGCUGCCGCGCUGUUUUAAAUGUUAUCGCGGCAGCCGUGUUUCGCCCAUCUUGGAGGAGCAGGAACAACCCGCACCUCAAACUGACUAUAGACCCUGGAACUCAUACGACGAUGAGGACGUCGAGGUUUUUGCCUCGAGCACGCGAAUUCUACCCGCUUAUGGCCAGCAACAAAUGCAGGCCGGUUCCAGUUCCACGCCCGCCUCCAAAUCUGUGCCGGAGUCCGUCAUAGUGGAGCAGCCGCUGCCACAGCGGAGCGCACCGGCUGCAUCACUGCAGCUGCAACUGGAGACGUUCCAAUCGCCGCCGCCAGCUGAUCCAUCUGCACAUGCCAUCAGCCGCGGUCCGCUGCACUGGUUCCUCUGGCCCUUCCGGCGGCGCUUUGCCAGCCGGCCCAGAGCUCAACUGGCCGCCGUACACAAGACCUACUUUGUCAGUUGGAACAAGCCGCCGGAUACGCUCUGGCAUGGCUAUGGCGUGGAGCGUGUCCAGGUGGACAAGGUUGUCCUGCGGCGCUGCCGUUCCGCCAUAUUUUAAAGAAUUUCUAUCGAAGCUUGUGUAUAUUUUGUAUAUAUUGGGGAAUCGACAACCACAACCAAAACGCUUAAUAAAAUAACAAGAAAAUUGUUAA